GAUGUCAGGUCUUUCUUGGGGCUCGUCAGGUACCUGGACCAGUUCCUACCACACCUUGCAGACUAUACUCGACUUUUGACGCCACUGACAACGAAAUCAAGCGAGCUCGAGUGGCCCGGCUGGUCCGAAGGGCACCAAGAAGCUUUCGACGCCAUCAAACGACUGGUAAUUAGUCGUGAUUGCCUCACCACCAUCGAUCACGAUAACCUUGGAGAAAACAAGAUCUUCGUGACAUGUGACGCCAGCGAC